UUACAAAAUGGCGGAACCAAGAAGUGAUCUUGUUCUUUUUCAAUUACUCGACGAAAUAACAGAAAUAACACUGGAAUUAUAUAUAAGUGAAGACAGCGAAACAAGCAGUAGUACGAUACAGAGAUAACAGACGAUUCUCUCUGUGGAUGCGUUCAACCACUUGAACGUCGGGAGCGUUGAGAACACAAUUCUAAACGCACCCAUAUAAACGCUUGUAGCGUUUACAACUCCAAGUCGGCUGUCAGCGUCCAAGUAGAAUGUACCCAUAGUCUACGUUUUUCUACGCAACGUGAUUUUCUCUGAGUAAUCAGUUAAUAUACAAUAUGGCAAAUCCAAAUUUGGCUGAUAUGACGGAGGAAGAUGCAGCUGACUUACAGUUUCCAAAAGAAAACGUGUCUCACGUAAGAGUAAAGAGUGGUAAUGGUGAUGAUGAUAUUGAUAGUUAUGAUGAUGGUGAUGAUAAUGAUGAUGAUGAAGAUGAUUAUAAUGAUAAUGACGAUGAUAUGAAUGACAAAGACUCGAAUCUCGAGCUAGAAAUUUCUCUCACAACAGAGGACACAUUUGUACCAGAUCCGCCAUGUUGUGCUUGUAAAACAACUUUAUCAGAGCCAUAUAUCAGAUGUGCAGAAUGUGUAAAUACACGUUUGUGUCUGUUGUGUUUCUCCAACGGUAGAGAAAUGAACCAGCAUCAGAACGAUCACAAUUAUGUGGUGGUGAAGAACGAAUUUCCUCUUAUAGAGGAAUCCACAUGGUCAGCUAAGCAAGAGUCCCGAUUACUGGAUGUGAUCCAGGAGUGUGGAUUUGGCAAUUGGAUAGACAUAGCAAAGAGAAUCCAGGGAAAAAGUGCAGAAGAAUGCAAGAUCCAUUACUUGAAACAUUACAUAGAACAUCAGAGUUUACCAGAUCUGCCAAGAAUUAGGGAAACAAGAACGAGUCUUUUCGGUGGCGAACCAAUUCCAUAUCUCUUUAAGCUUCAAGACCUUGACGAACCCCCAAGAUUUAUUCCCAACAGUAUGAAUGGUCGUUUAUUAGCUGGAUACAAUGCUGCCAGAUCCGAUUUUGACGUGAAUUUUGACAAUCAUGCGGAGUCCCUUGUGUCAGAAUUGAACUUCCGAGAGUUUGAACCACAGGAUGAUAACUACCGUUUGGGUACCAGUCUCCAAAUCGCCAUUGUCCAGGCUUACAACAAUAGAUUGAUGGAACGAGCUCGAAGAUACAGAAUCCUUCGAAAUCAUGGCUUAAUUGCAUUCAGACGAACGAUUUCAUGGCUACAAAGAUACGAGACAACAAUAACAAGGCCAAUUGCUGACAGACUUUUGAUAUUUAUGCAACUCACAAGUGGUAUCGAAUUUGAUUAUAUUCUUGAAGGACUGCAUCACUUUGGAGAGAUAAAAAAUUAUAUCAGCAAACUCAUGGAUUACCGAGCGAAUGGACUCAAAACUUUCCGCAGUAUUCCUAUGUUUAAAAAGUUGUCAAAAUUGCGGAGGGAACAUGAUAAAGAUAGAAAACAAUACAUGAACAAUCCGGAGUACAGUUGGAAAAGCGUUUUACCACUCUCAGUCCUAACUCCAUCCAUACAAGUCACUGCUCCAACGAACCAACGCAAAGUUCCACCGCCUCUAGAAAUACGUGGAUUACCCGGAAGUGACAAACUUACACCAAACGAAAGAGAACUAUGCUCGAAUGCUCGUAUUGUACCAGCCAACUAUUUCGAUUACAAGCGCAUAUUGAUAAACGAAAAUAAAAAAAUUGGUUCUUUGAGGUUAGCACAAGCGAGAGUUUUGCUGAAAAUUGAUGUCAACAAAACGCGCAAACUUUACGACUUUUUGGUCGAAGAAGGAUACAUUAAUAAACCCCCCUUAUAGUAUUAAUUGCAAACGUGAUGAAAGUUUUCGUGACGUUCAAUUAACUUGUUUAAUAUAUUUGUAAUGAUUUUUCGUAAUUAGUCAUAAGGUCGUUUUAACAUUGUGAUAUUAGUGAUAAUUCUCGAUACAAAAACUCCUGUUUUUACACACAUGUGAGUUACAGUUACGAUUAUGUGAAAUACAACAUUUUUUACUACCCAA